AUGUCGGUAACGACUAGCCCACCAUCUUCCCCCCCGCGGUCUUCCAGCGGAUUCAGUCUCUUGUCCAAGAUCAAAUCCCAUAAAGAACCCAAGUACUUGAGUCCUCCACGACCUCCGGCGGUCCAUCGAGCAGGCAGUUUUGGCAGCAUCUACAACCAACCCGCUCGCUCGUCACUAUUCUCCCUCCCCGCACAAGAAGGCGCUGGGUUGAAGUCCCGGCGACUCAGUGCGACCCUCUUGGACGAUUUUGUCGUUGACGUGUGUCCUUUGGAAGAUGAGUUCGUUUCGGCCUCCAAAUUCGGUCGGCGGAAAGAAAUCGGAAAAGGUGCAAGUGCCACGGUCAAGAUCAUGUUGCGGAAGGGGGACAAGAAAGGGGAAAACCCAUGUCAAUAUGCCGUCAAAGAGUUUCGCAAAAAGUCAGCCAGAGAAACGGAAGAAGAGUACGUCCGGAAGGUCAAGUCGGAGUAUACAAUUGCCAAGUCUCUCAGUCAUCCCAACAUUGUGCAGACGGUACGGUUAUGCACCAACAACGGUCGAUGGAAUCAUGUCAUGGAAUACUGCCAACAAGGAGAGCUCUUCAGUCUGGUCGAACGCAAGUACUUCAAGGCGGAGGACCGCAAUUGCAUUUUCAAGCAAGUCCUUCGCGGGGUCAAUUACUUGCAUGAACAUGGAAUAGCCCAUCGGGAUAUCAAGCUGGAGAAUCUUCUCAUGACCGACGAGGGAUACAUUAAGAUCACCGAUUUUGGCGUGUCAGAAGUCUUUUGUGGGGAUCAUCCGGGAGUACCGUCGUCGCGAGGACUGUGUGGACAAGGGAUGAGGGAGUCUCGCCAAUCGGCCCCGGGGAUCUGUGGGUCGAAGCCAUACAUUUCCCCCGAGGUUCUGGCGCAAGAUAGGGAAUAUGAUCCAACCAAACUCGAUGUGUGGAGUUGUGGAAUUCUCUUCAUGACCAUGUUUCUGGGGGGAAAUCCCUGGCAAAGUGCCAGCAAGAGUGAGGUCAAUUAUGCCCUGUUUUGGGAGGGAUGGCGGGCUUUUCUUGAGCGGUUCUCCGACUCGCCCAUCGACGAAAACACAUAUCCUCAGUGUGGACCAAUCUUUAACGCGCUGCCAUCCCAUUCGCAACGAAGGUGUAUCCUCAAAAUGCUUCAUCCUCACCCGGAAAAACGAUGCAGCAUCAGGGAGGCGCUGAACGGUCGAUGGAUCAAAGGGGUCGAUUGUUGUUCACCGGAAGAAAUUGGGGCGACACUGUCCAACGGGAUUGAUGUGUCGAAGAUGGGGUGUCACCAGGUGGUGGCAAAGAUGAAGGUGCAGGCGAAACAUGAUCAUCUACCACCCCCAAUCAAGCGACUGCCCCAACAUCGCUUUGAUAUGGGGGAUGGGACGUCACGGUACGAUUGA